UUAAACAACACGGAGGCAAUGUAAACCAUGGAGUAUUGCGGAUUUAUGCCAUGAUUCGAGGCGUACAGAGGCUUUGCCAAGCUGUGGUUUAUUCUGCGAGGGGUUAAUGUGUCCACAAAGGUAAACAUGUGAGAGACUAAAGGGGUCGAAAUAACUCGGAUUGGGAAAGGUUUGAUAGAGCAGCAGGAGGAGGGGGGAUUGGACGAGAAGGGUUUGUUGUGGUUUUUUUCAGCAGCACUCGAGAAACGAGCGCAGCCGCAAAACGGUGGAUCUAUCACCACAGUGUGACUAAACAAAGAGAUCCACAAUGACAGAACAGAAGGAAAAAUGGUCCUGUGACUACUGCACCUAUGAAAACUGGCCAUCUGCAGUCAAGUGCACUAUGUGCCGUGCACAGAGGUCGAGGGGUCCCAUCAUCACAGAGGAACCUUAUAAAAUAGGCACUGAUCUUGAUGCCAGUCUGGAGUGGGACCCUCCAAGAACUGAGAGUGGCAGCAGCCUCCUCAUCUGCCCUGACUCCAGUGCCAGGCCCAGGGUCAGGUCAGCCUGCAUGUCAGAGAUUGCUAAUAAGUGGUCCUGCCAGAUGUGCACCUACCUGAACUGGCCCAGGGCCAUCCGGUGCACACAGUGUCUGUGUCAGCGCCAGAGGACCUGCAGCCCCACCGAGUCCCCCCAGACUUCAGGCUCCAAUGCAGGCUGCCGUCCUGCACCCCACUCCCCGGUGGACACCUGUGAGGAGUACAAUGAUAGAAACAGACUCAACACCCACCAGCAGCACUGGACAUGCACAGCUUGCACUUACCAGAACUGGCCCAAAACUACAAAGUGUGUCGUGUGUGACCACCCCAAUCCCAAUAGCCAUGAAGCCAUAGAGCUGGGUGAGCCUGCAGAGCCCUCACUUCUGAUAAAUGAGCAGGACAGGGCGAGGUGGAGGAGUGGUUGCAGUGGAAGCCAGGGCCAGAGGAGGUCCCCUCCUUUGCCCAAGAGAGAAGACAAUGUCAAAAUGGACUUCCAGAGGAUAGAGCUUGCAGCUGGAGCCAUGAGCGGCAAAGAGGAGCAAGAGAUCGACUUCAAGAAGCUAAAGCAGAUAAGAAACAGAAUGAGGAAAACAGACUGGCUGUUUCUCAAUGCAUGUGCUGGUGUGGUUGAGGGAGACCUGGCGGCGAUAGAAGCCUACAAGUCGUCCGGUGGUGACAUCGCCAGGCAGCUCACUGCAGACGAGGUGCAGCUUCUCAGCCGGUCUUCAGCUUUUGAUGUAGGCUUUACGCUAGUUCAUCUGGCCAUCCGCUUCCAGAGGCAGGACAUGCUAGCCAUCCUGCUCACAGAGGUGAACCAUCAGGCAGCUAAGUGCAUCCCCUCUAUGGUAUGUCCCGAGCUGACGGAGCAGAUCCGCCGGGAGAUUGCCGCCUCACUACAUCAACGCAAGGGAGACUUCGCCUGUUACUUCCUCACUGACCUGGUCACCUUCACCCUUCCUGCAGAUAUAGAAGACCUACCGCCUGCGGUCCAGGAGAAGCUGUUUGAUGAGGUUUUGGAUCGAGAUGUGCAGAAAGAGUUGGAAGAGGAAUCUCCUGUCAUCAACUGGUCUCUGGAGCUGGGCACACGCCUAGACAGUCGUCUGUACGCCUUGUGGAACCGUACCGCUGGAGACUGUCUGCUGGACUCUGUGCUGCAGGCCACGUGGGGCAUCUACGACAAGGACUCUGUCCUCCGCAAGACCCUUCAUGACAGCCUGCAUGACUGCUCUCAUUGGUUUUACACACGCUGGAAGGAGUGGGAGUCUUGGUACUCGCAGAGCUUCGGUUUGCACUUCUCCCUGAGAGAAGAGCAGUGGCAGGAAGACUGGGCCUUCAUUUUGUCUCUGGCAAGCCAGCCUGGGGCCAGCCUGGAGCAGACACACAUUUUUGUUCUCGCACACAUUCUUCGCAGGCCGAUCAUAGUCUACGGAGUGAAAUACUACAAAAGUUUCCGUGGGGAAACGUUAGGCUACACUCGUUUUCAAGGUGUGUACCUGCCUCUGUUAUGGGAGCAGAGUUUCUGCUGGAAGAGUCCCAUCGCCCUGGGAUACACACGGGGCCACUUCUCCGCCCUGGUGGCCAUGGAGAAUGACGGCUAUGACAAUCGUGGUGCGGGUGCCAACCUCAACACUGACGAUGAUGUCACUGUCACCUUCUUGCCACUGGUGGACAGCGAGAGGAAGCUGCUGCACAUUCACUUCCUGUCUGCACAAGAGAUGGGCAAUGAGGAGCAGCAGGAGAAGCUGCUGAGGGAAUGGCUGGACUGCUGCGUGACAGAAGGUGGCAUGCUGGCAGCCAUGCAGAAGAGCUCUCGCCGCCGUAACCACCCCCUGGUCACCCAGAUGGUGGAGAAGUGGUUAGACAGAUACCGCCAGAUCCGCCCAUGUGCCUCUCUCUCUGAUGGCGAGGAAGAGGAAGAUGAAGACGAAUGAGUGUGUGAGUGGAAAUGGGGAAGAAAGAAAGAACUGGACACUGGCUACAUCCUUCAGGCUCUGGGAGAGUACAUUACUAUCUACAUUUCUUUUUUUUUUUCUUUCUCCAAAAUGUAAAUCUUUAACUUGUAAUAAUGCAUGUGUUCUGUGAGCUCUGUGAUAGAAAAGAUACCAGCACCAACAAACAGAAUCCUGAUUACUGCUCCUAUGAAAGCACAUCAAGUCCACUUAGUUCGCCUUCCUAUACUCCAAUUACUCCGUAUUUGUUAUGAAAGUAAUUAUCUUGUAUUACUCCACCUGAGAGAAAUACUAGUACAUAUAGGAAAAUAUACUGUUUGUAUUUAAGGAAAUCCCGAAACUGCACUAGAUGAGAAAUUUUUUUUUUUUUAAUUGCCUGACAGAAAUUUUGCUUAAAACUGAGAGGAAGCUAAUCCUCGUUUGUUUGUCAAGAUUUAAAGAGCACCUGUUUUCCUCAUUGCUGAUCCCUUUGCGAGCCUUCUGCGACCCCCUCCUUCUGAUGUUGGAUUGUAUUUAUUUGUUAAGGAGAGUUAGGGUGCUGAGGCGACACCUUUUUUCGUUUUGCCCCGUUUUAUCUGUGUUUCCGUUUGAUCCAUUCAGUCUUGAAGUAUUUUAUUUUGCACAGAUAAUAACCUACAUUCUGUGAGGGGAGGGGGGAAAAAAAGACCUACAAGUUUACUGACAUUUUUACGUGUGAUUUAGUAGCUCUUGUUCAUGUUAAGAGUGGGUGGUGGCGACGCUGGGGUGGGGGGGGGGGGAAACCAAACACUCUGCCUCUUUCUAUGGAGUGCAUUAAUAUUAAAUAUGACUCACUUGCAUCCUCGUUGUUUUCUCAUUCUUGCAUUUUUGGAUUAUUGUGACCACAGACUUGUUGUGUUUGAAUUUGUUUUUGUUUCCUCCCACUGAAAUUACAGUAUGUAAGAACAUCUAAUGAUGAUAAAUGAUGGAAAUGUUUCUAAGUUUAAUUUGGCAGGCUGAAAAGCAAAGUUGAAGCCUCUGUAAUUAGAGUUUUGAGAAGAAUUGAGCCAAAAUCUGAUCUUUUAAAAUGUCUUGGGAGCAUCCUGUAAAUCAAUACGUUAAUAGAGAACUACUCCCUUUACUUUAACUAACAUGUAAUGUUCAACAGGAGGAUAUGAAAUGUACAGCAAAAGCAAUUAGACGACUUACAAGAGUAGACCUUUCUUCUUUGCUGAAGUUCUGGGGGAGAAGAAAAUGUUUCCCUGAUACAAUAAGUGUUGAAUUACUUUAAAUACAGUGAGCUUUUCAUCACCUACAAAUGAUUUAAUAGUUUAUUUUAUUAUCGGGUUAGCAAGUAUUGUCUGUUUCCUUUUUGUUUGUGGUUUCUUUUCAUGACUCAUUGUUGGCUUGUAGGCUGCAUUUUAUCAUCGGUUAUGAGAACUUGUUGAUACUCUGGCGCCCCCCUGUGACAUAGGAUUAAACAAUAUGAAAAGAAGAUGUUGAAUCAGAAACCUGAACAUUCUCUGCUGUUAAUGCAACAUACAAAAAGUGCCGAUCUCCUUAAUCAAACAGUCAGUACAGACAGCUGGUUCUCAGAAUCGUAUCUUUUAUUUGAACUGCACUGAAUGCUAAAUGUUCACCUUGUACAAGAAACAAAUACAAAUACUCACACUAAAAACAAAAACAUA